AUGGACAAAGUCAUCGAUGCGCGCUUCGAGCGCGUUGAGAAGGCUCUUGCCAGUCUGAUCGAGUCGGUUUCGAAAUAUCAUCCGAAUGCCAAACAGGCACUGGACCUUCAUGAAGCUGACAACGAUCUCGCGAGAGGCCUCGAUGAGGUACAAGUUCACCAGAACAACCACCUGCGGCUGCAGCAGCUUCGUGCGACAACUUCGUCCCUUGACUCCCAGAUCCGGGAGACACUCCAGAGUCUCGCAACGACCCGCAAGGACAUCACCACCACCCAAAUCACGAUGUACACCAACGGACCAAAGUACCCCGUCAAGUACGAUGAGCUCCUCAACUACGCCCGCCGCAUCAGCAAGACCACCAUGCCCCCGGCAGCCAUCACAAACGGCGUACCGACGGAAGGCAGCACGCCCGCCCCAGAACCCAACACGAGCAUGACCGCAGCCACGACCCCCGGCGCAAACGGUAUGCAAAGCCAGCCCGUCAGCGCUGCUCCAACACCCAGCCAGACCCAGACACCCGACCCGUCAGGUGCUAUCAACGGUGGCACCAGCUCAGGGGACCUGGCUGCGACGCAGCAAACCACGACGAGUGGCGCGACAUCUCUCCCCGAUGGUCUUCGCAACCACCUCGACCCGCACUUCAACGCGAGCUUCAUCCCGUGGCCGAACGAGUUCCAGAUCCGCAGCGGUGCGAUGGCGGUGUUCCAAGAACUGCAGGACCAAGGCAUUGAACCGCGUGGCUACGAUCCAGCGCAGAUCGCCGAGGCGAAGCGCAAGGAAGAGGAGGAGCGCAAGGCGCGCGAGGAGCAGGAGAAGGCCGAGCUGGAGAGGAAGAACCGCGAGUACCAGGAGAAGAUGGAGAGGAUCCGCCGCGAGCAGCAGGAGGCUUACAGACGCGACAGCAUGGCCGUCGGCGCUGGUGCCUCAUCCGCUGGAAAGAACAAGCAGUUCCAGUUCACGAGCAUCAUGGACGACGAUGAUGAUGACGAAUAG